CGUCUGCACUUGUCUCUGUCUGAGGCCGUCUCGUCUGUCUUUCGGAAACGCGAGAAGAGCUCGUGGCGACGAAGGAAGGCGGACGGGCGGGGGCGGGAGUAGGGACGAGACAAUCGUGCUGUCACGAUCUGUCUGGCCUGCCAGUGCCAGUGCCAGUUCCAGUUCCUGCCGUCUUGGACAAAUUUGUUUCGUCUGGUGAGUGCGGUUCGCCUUCAAUUCGUCGACCGAUUCGGAAAGAACAAAUCUCGGACCUUUUCUGCUGCUGUCUUGUCCUCGGUCAAUCCGUUCUCGAGGUUUUGCUCGGCCCUGCAGAUUCUGUGGGGGUUUGGGCCAGCGCUUCGCCUCGGCUCUUGACAGCAGCCGCAGCAGCUCCAGCAUCAGCGCACGGUCGUGCAGUCUCGAUCACUUACCGGCUGUCAUGGAUCAGGCUCGCGGAUCUGUGCCCGCGGAUCUGUCUGCGGACAGGGAAUGUUCUCGUGCAACUGUGGGAGCAUGGGUGCCAAUGUAGAUCGGUAAUUUCGAUUUUAUGGUGAGGACACGGUAGGCGCUCACUAGGGGUGUGGUUGCGAGAGUAGACAUCGCACUUGUGUUGACCUAGAGAGGGAUCAUGGAGUCCGCGGAGCGCUUGAAAGCUGAGAAUGACAGGCUCAUGGCAGAGAUGGCGUCCAUGAAGAAGAAAAUCAAGCUCGCUUUGAAGAAACAGCAGGCCGAUCUCCAAGCUAAAAUUCAAGCUGCGGAGCAGCGGGCUGCGGCUGCCGAGGAAGCUUUAGCAGGCUCCGCAAAUGGCUCUCCUUUGAAGGUCAAUUCGCAGAUCGCAGCGCCUCAGAGCCCAGGGAGCGCAUUGAAUGGUGAUUCUUCGCCCCGUCUCUCCCUUGGGUCCGAGGGCGUUUUUCCUGUGCACGGAGAAAUGCCAGCUUCCCCGGAGAUCAACAAUGGGGAGAUUUCACAUCCUUUGUCCGAGAUUUCUCCUGACCGAGGAGGAGCGCAAAUUGUUGUGGACAGCUUGCGGGCAGAGCUUAAAUCGGAAAUUGAAGCCGGGCGAAGUCGAGACUAUGCAGCUGCCAAGGAGAGGCAACUCUUGGAGAGCGAAAUCACCGAAUUGAAGAAGACAAAUGAAACGAUCGUCAAACAUAAAGAUCAAGAAAGAAUCGAGUUCGAAGAGAAGCUGAGACUCUUGAACGAAAGUUUUGAGAAACGUGUAGAGCAUCUAACAAAGAGCAAUGAAAAGCUCGAAGUCCAACUCAUGGCGGCGGCAGGGCAAGUGAAUGAAGCUUUCUCUCGAAUGUCCGCCACUCAAGACGAUAUAGAGCGCCUAUCGAAGGAAGGAAAUGAAGCGAAUCGUGCGCGUGCAAGUCUUGCCUCGGAGAAUGAAAGGCUCGCUUCAGAGCACGAAAGGCUUUCUUCUGAGCUUGAAAAUACAUUCAAAGAACUGGAGCAGGCAAAUAAUUCUCUAUCAGAAGCACAGAAGAUGCUUCGAGAAAAAACUAAGGAGAUAGAAGACCUGGCUGCCGCGCGCAAAUCUGCUCAGGAAGGCCAGGAAGCUGCGGUGGCCCAGCUCAUGGAACGGCUGGCCGAGAUGGAGAGUACUGGAACUUGCCAACAAGCAGAGUUUCUGCGAGAGGCCGCCGAAGAAAGAGUGAAGAGAUUGCUUGAUGAGAAGGAACAUCUUCAAAAGGAGCUGGAGAGAAGCAGCGAAGCAGUUAUGAGCUUGAAGGGUGAACUCAAUGCUCUUCAACAACGGUUAACUUCCUUAGAAGCUAGUCCCGUAACGCCUGUAGACCAGGAUAAUAGUACUGGUGAACAGGCCAAGGCCCUGGACUCCGUGACCAUUAGUAAAGGAGAGCUGGCACUUCGUGAAUCAAUAGCCGAGCUGAAAGCUGAAAACGAAGCUCUACAUUUACAACUUGAAGUCAAAUCACAGGGUGCUGCAUUGGGGAGCCUUCAGCCAGACGGUGGUAACUUGGAAUCAGUUGCACGGGAUGCAAGCGUUAUAAUACGGGCGGAUAAUGUCGAUGAAGUAGCAGUUUUGAAGGAGAGGUUGCAUGCUCUGCAAGAAGAAAUAAAACAUCUAUCCAAAGCCCAUAGUGAGGCUCUACAGAAGAUUGAGACGUUAACAAAGGAACUUGUUGAAGCUGGUAUGAAGUUGGAUAGUGAAACAAAGUCACGAGAUGACAAGUAUGCAGAGCUGGAUGCCAAAUUUGGGCGUCUGCAGAAACGGGCAAAGCAACGGAUACAGGAAGUUCAAAAGGAGAAGGACGAAGUGGAAGUUCAGCUUACAGCAGCCGGUGAGAAGGCGGCCCAAGCCCUUUCGAAACAAGCUGCAGUUCAAGAUGAGCUGGACCGUGCUCGACUUCAAGCGGGUGAAGCAUUGCGUUCUUUGAGUGCCGAGAGACAAGAGUUGCGAUUGACUAACAACAAACUGAAAGAGGAAAUCGAAGAUGUUCGACGAGUGCUUGAAGCGAAGGAACAUAACCUUUCAGAAUCUCGGCGAAUAGCGUCUGAGAAGGACCAGAUUGCUUUGGAGAUGGCUGCUCAGCUGAAAGAAUCGGAAUCAAUACACGAAGCCGCUCUCUUGGACCUGAAAGAAAAGCAUCAAAAGGUAGUUGAUGAUCUGAAAGCUCAGGUUGCUGACGGACUCGCAGAUAGUACCAAAUUGGUUGAAACAAUCUCUGCGUUGCAGGCUGAGUUGUCAACAAAGGAAGCAAAGCUUGCUGAACUGGAAGCAGCUUCCAGUGGAGAGGUGGUUCGGUUAGGUGCUUCUCUUGAAGCUGCCAAAGGGGAAGUUUCGCGCCUUGAGCAGGAGCAUAAAAAGGAACAGGAGCUGUGGCAGACUAGUUUAGAGAAACUCAAAAAAAAACUAGAAGACUCAGAACUUGCUCUCCGUCAACACGAGCGUGAUACUGCAGAGAUGCGAACCCAGUUAGAGUCCGAGUUGGAAAAGAAGCGCCAAGCUUUGAGUGCUGUACAAUCAGAUCUUGCUGCCGCAAACGAGCAGGCAGCUCGCGUUGCUAAUGAUCUGGCCUCGUACAAAGUUCGCGCUUACGCUCUUCUACAAAGGAAGGAAGCAGAGCUAUCUGCAGCCAAAGAUGUCGAACUCGUUGCUGCACAAGAAGCAGCUCUGAAGGAGGCAAAACGCGAUGCUGCUGCUGCAUCAGCGGAAAGGGAUACUGCCAGGAAAGCCUUGCAGGAAGUUGUUUCAGACUAUGAAACUAAACUGGCUGCCAGGGGGGUAGCACUACUCGAUGCCGAACAGCGUAUUAGGGAUGCAGUAAUCAAGUUGGAAGUUGCCAAAGGGCACUUAGCCGCUGAACAGCUUGAAUGGCAAAGUCGUUUGGAAGAAGUUGAAGCCUCUUGGCGCUCAAGACUUGAGACCUUGGAGGGUAAGGUGAAAGAUACGGUGGAACCUGACUUGAGACAGGAGUAUACAGCAGUUUUGAAUGACUACGAGAAUCUUAAGAGUGAAUUUGAGUCAUUCCGGGAAAUGGUUGACAAGAUGAUCGAGGACAAAGAUGGAGAGAUUUCUCGGCUUUUGGAAGACAAUACAGCAUUGCAAAGAUCACUUCAGCAGCAGCAGCAAUAUCAUCAACAAAGCUCGAUCCAACGUCCGGAGCCGACUGUCCAAGCUCCUGAUGCUUCAGAUGCAGCUUCGAUGGUUGCGCUUGCAGAGCAUCAAAUAUUGGUAUUGGCUAGGCAGCAGGCACAACGGGAAGAUGAAGUUUCUCAGUGUCGACGCCACAUCCAGGCCUUGCAGGAAGAAAUUGCUGAACUGGAGCAGGAAAAUCGGCUGCACAGUCAACAAGAAAAUCUGCUGAAGGAAGAAGUGAGAAAUUUAGAGCGCGCUCACAAGCGGGAUGGUGUGGACAUGACAUACCUGAAGAAUAUAAUUUUAAAGUUGAUUGAAACGGGUGAAGUGGAGGCUCUUCUCCCAGUCGUUGCUAUGCUUUUGCAGUUCAGCCCGGAAGAACUGAAAAGAUGUCAUGAUACAUACAACAACGCAACUAUGAGUGACAAACCCCUGAGUAUUCCAGCUGUUGUUGAGACGCCCCCCUCUACACCCAGCUCAUUCUUUUCGAGGCUCACCAAUUUUUCUUAGAAGACAUGGAGCACGAAGUGCACCACAUGCGAACUGCCUCACUUUUGAUUUCAUGUACCAUACCUGCUACCUUAAGACAGAAAAUAAACUCAAGGAUUAUUUUUGAGCAAAUUUAUGUUACAACUCGUGUACAAAGCGUUUUCAUGAUUCUCAAGCCUCCAGUAGUCUAGCCUCAGUAGUGCCUGGUACCGUAGGCCCUAAUUGAAAUCUAGCCCCGCGUAAGCAGGCUUUGAUAAGAUUCAUAUUCUGUCUAAGGUAGUCUUUAGCUUGUUGCCCAAUCAACCAAGGAAAGGCGCCGUGGGAGCCUUGCUUUAGCUGUAGAUUGGGUUGCCAUUGUAGACUGGCCAAUUAUUACAGAAAUUAUUCAUUACUUUCUCCAUGGUGAUGGGAUCUAUCGUUCUACAGUGAUGCCUAGAGGUAGAGAUGUUUUAUCCCUGAAUGUGCCUAAAC